AUGCAAUUAAUUGAACUGGACCCAUCAUCAGCACAGUCACCCUCAUCCACACUCACCAUCUGCCUGGAGGAGAUCAAGGCGUGGAUGAAACAACACUUCCUGCAGUUGAACAGCGGCAAAACAGAAGCCAUCCUCAUCGGCACCCCACACCAGGUCAACUCAUCCCCCAUUACAUGCAUCACCUUUUCUGGCCAGGCUAUCCCACUGUCAUCGGUCAUCACCAACCUGGGUGUCAGAAUGGACCCCCACCUCAACUACGAGGCCCACAUCAAACACCUCUGUAAAACAUCCUUCUUCCACCUCAAAAACAUAGCCAAACUCCGCCCCACCCUGUCUCUGCAGGAUGCUGAAAAAUUAGUCCACGCCUUCGUCUCCUCCAGGCUCGACUACUGCAACGCACUUCUCAUCGGGAUUCCAAGCAAGAGCCUUCAAAAGCGCAUCCAGAACAGUGCUGCUAGGAUCCUGAUGAGAGUGCGCAAACAUGAUCACAUCACUCCCAUCCUCCACUCACUACACUGGCUCCCCAUCUCCUCCCGUACAGAAUUUAAAAUCUCCCUGCUGACCUACCAAUGCGUCCAUGGCAACGCACCCCCCUACCUCAAGGAGCUGGUCAAGACUCAGCCCACCACCCGCAGUCUCCGCUCAUCAAACACUUACCUCCUCAAACCCACCAGGACUAAGCUGGUCACUAUGGGAGGCCGGGCCUUCUGUUCUGUCGCCCCUGAACUGUGGAAUGCCCUCCCUGCCCACCUAAGAGCACCACAGUCAGUCGACUCUUUCAAGAGCGGUCUUAAGACCCACCUAUUUGGAAGAGCCUACCCACAUUUUUAG